UUUCGAGUCUGCCAGGAAUCUCACCAUCUUCGAAUCACACCCACCUUUGUUCCUCCUGCUGAUCACCAGGAGCUGGUCUGGAGUUUCUUUGUUCCCAAGAACGUUUCUAUCCCAAUCCUGAUCCAUUUUCACCAAAAACCUAGCGUCCACUAUCAUCACCGGCCCACGCGGGCAUCAUAGAUCUCUCCUCGACCUGGACCAUCUACAAUCGAUUUCUUUGGACGAUACUGAGAUCAUGUCGGCAUCUACAGCAUUUUCUGUCGUCACUCCAGCGUCUCUUCCUGCUGUAGCAGUGGUAUCGCUGCUCGUCUACUUGACAUCAAAGAGCACCUCGCCGUUCCGACAGCCUCGGUUGCGACUACCGACGAAAACCAGCGAACCGCUUCAUGGAAAAUCCGCCAAAGAUCCCUUCGACCUAUCCGAGGAUACUUUGAUAUACCAGGAUGGAGCUCCGAUACAAGAGGAGCGAUUCUGGCGAAGGGUGGUCCGUCUCAAGAUUGCAUACCUCGUCACGCUCACCCUGGCAUCGGUUUGCAAUGUCCUCCUCUGUAUCAACACCGUACAGGGACAUGGAGUGAGGGGGAAGAGCUUAACUUAUAUCAUGGUCAUACCUGCACAUGCCAUCUCACUCUUUAUCUGUGCGCAUAACAUACGCUGUCGUCAAGUUGCUUCCAAUUGGGCCGGUAUAAUCCACCUUUCCGUCCUCACAUUCCUCCAAUUGACAGUUCUGGCCAUAUUGACCCUCCUUCCUUCGACUCCGAUGCCCUCUUCGAGCCAUGAAUCCCUUCUCAGAACAUCUGGUCAAGUUAUACAGUCCAUACCGGUCAAGACACUUCGGGCACUCUUACCCUUGCUACACAUUCCGCCCAUGGUCAUCAUAUCUUUUACUCGUCGCGGACCCCCUCGCCAUUUCCCUUUGAAUGCCAUCUAUCCGGCCAAAAUUACGACUGCCGUGCCUCCCAAUGACGAGUCUCUCGAUUCGAGUAUUCCAAACGUCUCGGAGGAGGUCGAGGCUACAGUCCCCGAGUGGCUCAUUUUCAGUUAUGCCACCAAUGUCGUGAAGAAGGGCAAUGUCCGGGAGACCAUGGAUGUCUGGAACCUUCCCGUCUUGCCCGGUCAAAUGCGUGCUCUACCAUCCUACCAAAUCAUGAAGUCAGCUUACCAAAGAGCCACUAAACGACUUGGCAGACUGGAAGGCUUCAAUCUUCUUUGGAGAUUGGCAAAGGCAAACAAGGGGCCCCUCUUCGCUCAAACUCUACUUGCUGCCGCCACUGGUGCUGGAUACUAUCUUCCUCACUGGCUGCUUCGGGAAUUCCUCGUUUACUUGGAAAAUGACACCGGCCGGUCUCAACCUGCCUGGGGAUGGUUAUUGGCAUUUGGUCUGUUCCUCUCCAACGCUGUCAUCUACGUUGCCUCGGGUGUCUUGUGGUCAAUUAGCACGACCAUGCUGCAAGGCGCAAUCAAACUCCAACUGAAUGGUAUACUCUACGCAAAGACAUUGGUCAAAAAAGAUACAGCUGCGACUGGAGAAUCAUUAGGCCAUGGGGAAAAGAAGGGUGAGGAAGAAGGGGAGUCCGAAAAAGAAGGGGGAGAGGAGGAAGUCAACUCGAAAACGCAGAUCAUGACCUUGUUUACUGUCGAUGUUGACCGUGUCAUCGAAUUUGUUUUCCACGAAUUUUCCCUCAUCGACGCGCCCAUUGAGAUCGUGGUUGCCACCUUGUUCUUGUACAAAUUACUGGGAAUUUCAGCUUUGGUCGGCCUUUUGGGAACCCUUCUCAGCUUGCCGCUCAGCCACCUUGCCUCAAAGGUCGUGGUUGAUGUACAGGAGAACCUCAUGAAGACGCGCGACCAAAGAACGGCGCUUAUGAAUGAGGUACUCCAAGGCAUCCGCAUGCUGAAGUUCAUGGCUUGGGAGCGAUCUUUUGAGCACCGCAUCCAUGCGAUUCGAAGGAAGGAACUGCAUUGGCAAGCACGAAACUACCAAAUUGAGGUACUGUUCAAUAUUCUUUGGGCAGUCACGCCGGUGAUCGUAACCGUCAUUUCGCUGCUACACUUCACCUUGGUCAGAGGCCAAAAUCUGUCGCCAUCAAUUGCAUUCACAUCCAUCGCUGUCUUUGGCGAGCUCUCUUACGCACUCACAGUAUUGCCCGAGACUUUCAUUCAGGCAUUGCAGGGAUUUGUAUCUUGCCGCCGCAUCGAGAAAUAUCUGUCUCUGCCUGAGAUUGAGCCUGUUCAAGCGACGGAACCUGAAGCAGACAUCACUGUCACCAAAGCCACAUUCACCUGGCCGAGAGAUGACAGCAACGAGAGACAAGGCUCCGAAUCUGGGUCAUCGGUAGCAGUGACGCCCAAGACCGCGUUCAUGCUGUACGACUUGACCUUGCGCUUCCCUCAUGGCAAGCUCUCACUUAUCUGCGGUCGACUCGGGUCCGGCAAAUCGUUGCUCCUCGCUGGUCUGCUCGGCGAAGCCGAUUUGCUGACUGGGGAGAUGUUAUGUCCACGUUCAUCGCCAGACUCCAUGUCCGCUUCGGAACGCAAAGGCAUCAACGAGGAGGACUGGAUAUCGAAAGACAUGGUAGCAUACGUCCCACAGCAAGCAUGGUUACAGAAUGCUUCCAUCAAAGAGAAUAUCUUGUUCAACAGCCCUUGGAACGAGUCUCGCUAUCAACAGGUUCUUGAGAGUUGCUCUUUGAUAUCCGACUUGAAAAUUCUGGAGGAUGGCGACGAGACUGAAAUCGGUGAGAAGGGUCUCAACUUGAGUGGUGGUCAGAAGGCCAGAGUCUCCCUGGCGCGUGCCGUCUACAGUCGAGCUGGGACCCUGCUUCUGGACGAUGUCCUUAGUGCCGUGGAUGCGCAUACUGCUCAUGCUCUGCUGGUUAACUGUCUACAAGGCGACAUACUCCGAGGCCGAACCGUCCUGCUGGUCUCACACCAUGCAGCCUUAGUCUCACCAGCUGCUGCAUACAUCGUUGCGCUGGAUAAUGGAUCGGUCAAGUUCUCUGGCACUCGAGAAGACUUCGUCGCCCGAGGUCUCAUGAGCGAAUUGGACAACGAGGAGUCGGCUCAACCAAAAGUGGAAGAAGUCGAUAAAGCCAUGACCAAGGCGAAGCCGUCCCACAAAAGCUUGGCUUCCGUGUCAGGAUCAUCACAGGAACCGGACUCAGAAACAAGCUCUUUGGCGCCAGACGACGGAGAUACCUUGGCCAACUCUGAAUCCGCAGAAGGAAAGCAAGAAGGAAAGCAAGAAGGAAAGCAAGAACGGCGACCGAGGAAACUGGUAGAGGAUGAGAAGCGAGCCACCGGUCGGAUUGCUUGGUCCGUGUGGCAGACAUACUUUAAGGCUUUAGGAGGAGGCUUCUGGUGGAUCAUCUUCGCUCUUGGCCUUGCCGCGGCAAUGCUUAUGCCUCUAGCUGGUAAGGCCUGGAUGAGCUACUGGACCGGUUCAGAUCCGCGUCAUCCUCAACACAGUACUGCAUUCUUCGUCAUCGGUUACGCCAUUGUCUCGAUCGGUGGCUGUGUCGUCACGAACAUCCCGUUCGCCGUGGCUUACUAUGGAUCUCUGCAAGCGAGCAAGAAGCUUCAUGAUGCUAUGCUGCAGAGCGUGCUCUUUGCGACGUUGCGCUUCCACGAUACGACAUCUAGAGGGCGUCUCUUGAAUAGAUUUGGAAAAGACAUCGAAGGCCUAGACUCUAGCAUGGUCGACAAUUUCGUCCGCAGUCUUAGUUAUGGCUUGUAUGUCGCGGUGACGUUCGUCUCCAUAACCUAUGUCGGUGGGGCGCCCUUCAUCUUCGCUGGAUGCGUGAUCCUGGUCAUCUACUACCGAGCAGGAUCAAUUUAUGGACAGACGUCGCGGGAUAUGAGGCGACUUGACUCUAUCACAAAAUCGCCUCUGUAUUCCCUCUUUGGCGAGACGGUGUCAGGUGUUGCGGUCAUCCGGGCUUUUGGCGCUAGCACCGUGUCCCUCAAAACCAUGCUGCGGCUAGCGGAUACGAAUAUUCUAGCUUUCGUGUGGACAUGGACUGUCAACCGUUGGCUUUCUGCUCGGUUCAAUCUCCUGUCCUCGGCCGUCAUCGGCGUGACUGCCUUCGUGGUCUUGCUCUCUCCUGGCGUCAAUGCUGCAAUGGCAGGCUUCGCCCUUGCUUUUGCGGGGACCUUGUCGCAUGACCUGUUGUUUAUGGUGCGGCGUUUUGUGCAGCUCGAACAGAGCAUGGUGGCCUUGGAGAGGAUCAAAGAAUACUCUGAACUUAAUACAGAAGCUCCCGAAUUUGUCGAGCCUCGACCUCCUAAGUCUUGGCCUGAUCAAGGUCAGAUUUCUGUUCAGGAUUUAGUCAUACGCUAUGCCCCCGAUCUUCCCGAUGUCCUGCACGGCCUGUCAUUCGAAGUCGCGGCCCAGCAGAAGAUUGGAAUCGUUGGUCCUACUGGCUGCGGUAAAUCCACACUUGCGCUCAGUUUCUUCCGCUUCGUGGAAGCUACCAAAGGUCGGAUCAUCAUCGAUGGAAUCGACAUUUCGCACAUUGGUCUCACCGACCUUCGAAGCCGAGUCACGAUCAUCCCUCAAGACCCGAUGAUUCUUUCCGGAACGAUAAGAUCUGCCCUUGAUGUCUUUGACGAAUAUGAAGAUGCGGAUAUCUUUGCUGCUCUGAAGCGUGUUCAUCUCCUGCCAAGCGACGAGGAUGAGAUUGUUGACGAAUCCGCCAAUAAAAACAUGUUCAGAGAUCUAUCAAACCCAGUCAGCGAAGGCGGAGAUAAUUUCUCGAGUGGAGAGAAGCAAUUGAUCUGCAUGGCUCGAGCGAUACUCAGGAGGAACCGCUUGAUCUUCAUGGACGAAGCUACAGCUUCCAUCGAUUAUGAGACAGACGAGCUUAUCUCAAAAACCAUCCGCGAGGAGUUUUCGACUUCAACGAUUGUCACGAUCGCGCACAGAAUUCGCACAAUUAUCGAUUUCGACAAAGUAUUAGUCAUGGAUCAAGGCCAUAUCGCAGAAUAUGAGAAUCCCGCAGUGUUGUUGCGCGAUCAUCAGUCAAAGUUUUACGCCCUGUGUAAGGCCACUGGGAAGGCUGAGUUCAAGAUUCUCAAAUCUAUGGCGUUUGAGAGCGAGCGAAAGUCCCGGUAGCAAGCACUCUUGUAUUCCGUCAUUCUAGAUCUUCGGCAUUUUAUUACCCAAAAUGUAUCUCUUGCUUGGCCC